AUGGAGCAAGAAACAGCGAAGAACCAGAAAUCAAGAACAGUUCGGAAAAAAUCGGAAACCAACACGGACGGCGGCGGCAACGCUUCUGCACUUCCAAAGAAACGGCGGAGUUCAGAACGCACCUGCGUUCACAAAGUAGCAGUACCAAUCGAUUACAUCUCAACAAAAGACGAAGCACUUUACGGAACACUCUCCAGUCCUCUUCACAACGGUACCAUGGCUAAAACAUUUCCAUUCACUCUCGAUCAAUUUCAACAAGUAUCGAUCGCGUGUCUCGAACGAAACGAGUCCGUUCUAGUGUCUGCUCACACAUCAGCCGGAAAGACUGCUAUUGCUGAAUACGCUAUAGCAAUGUCUUUGAGAGAUAAAAGAAAGGUUCUCUACACUUCACCUCUAAAAUCUUUGAAUAAUCAGAAAUACAGUGAAUUGAGACAGGAAUUUACAGAUGUAGGGUUGAUAACCGGUGAUAUAACAAUUUAUCCUUCGGAGGCGAAAUGUUUGAUUAUGACUACAGAAAUUCUUCGGGGAAUGUUGUAUCGUGGAUCUGAAGUUUUGAAUGAAGUUGACUGGGUAAUUUUUGAUGAGAUACAUUGCAUGAAAGAUGGUGAAAGAGGCGUGGUUUGGGAAGAAAGCAUUAUCCUCUUACCACCUACAGUUAAAAUGGUUUUUCUUUCGGCUACUUUGUCGAAUGCUCUAGAGUUUGCGGAGUGGAUUUCUACUUUACGUAAACAACCUUGUCAUGUGAUAUGCACCAAUUUUCGCCCGACGCCUAUACAGCAUUAUGUUUUUCCUAUUGGAGGUAGGAGAUUGUACCCGAUUGUUGAUGAGAAUGAGGAGUUUAUGGGUGAUAAUUUUGUCAUGGCCGAAAAUACUUUUCUUAAGCAGAAACUCGGUGAAGGGAAUAAGGGAGACAUGUUCAAAAUUGUUAAGAUGAUCAUGGAAAAGAAAUUCCAACCUAUUAUUGUCUUUAGCUUCAGUAAGAAAGAGUGCGAGCACAAUUUAAAAUCUAUAUCUAAACUUGACUUCAAUACCCAAGAGGAAAAGGAAAGAGUGCUGGAUAUUUUUGAGAUGGCAGUGCUGACUCUGAAUGAAGAAGAUCGGAGCUUAUGUGCUAUAAAGGAGGUGUUGCCACAUCUUCAGCGAGGAAUUGGUAUCCAUCAUUCCGGUCUUCUUCCUGUCAUCAAAGAAUUGGUUGAGCUUCUUUUUCAGGAAGGUCUGGUAAAGGCCCUCUUUGCUACCGAGACAUUUGCAAUGGGUUUAAAUAUGCCGGCAAAGACUGUCGUGUUCUCUUCUGUUAAGAAGUGGGAUGGACAUGAACACCGUUAUAUUAGAUCUGGUGAAUAUAUACAGAUGAGUGGAAGGGCAGGGCGUCGUGGCAAAGAUGAGCAUGGGAUUUGUAUCAUAAUGAUUGAUGAGCAGAUGAACAAGAAUAACCUCGAAGACAUCGUUCUGGGUAAACCCGCUCCUUUAGUUAGUACAUUCAGGCUUCGCUACCAUUCCAUUUUAAAUUUGAUGAGCCGUGCAGACGGCCAGUUCAGUGCCGAACACCUUAUAAGCAAUUCAUUUCAUCAAUUUCAAUAUGAAAAGACCUUACCUGAGAUGAAAAAAAGGGUGUCUAUGCUGGAGCAGAAAUUAGCCUUGCUUGAUGCUGCAGAGAAGGCUGAAGUAUCGGAAUAUCAUAAGCUGAAAUUGAAAUUAGCUGAGCUUCAGAGGAAAAUGUCAAAAAAAAUUAGACCUGAUAAUAUUCUUCCCUUUCUUUGCCCUGGUCGACUGAUUAAAGUAAGAGAACGUGGAACAGAUUGGGGCUGGGGUGUUGUAGUCGAUGUUGUUCAGGAACCUGUUGAUGAUUAUAUAGUCGACACUUUACUUCAUUGUUCACCUGGUUCAAACGAAAACAGUUUACAACUAAAACCAUGUCCACCCUUCCCUGGAGAGAAAGGUGAAAUGCAUGUGGUCCCUGUUCAAUUAACAUUAAUCUAUGCCCUUAGUCAAGUAAAGAUCUCUCUACCUCAUGAUAUCCGGCCCUUGAAAGCUCGGCAAGAUAUACUCCUUGGUGUUCAGGAGAUAUGUGAUCGUUUUCCUCAAGGUCUUCCAACGAUUAACCCUGCACAGGACAAUGUUUUAAAAGAUUCAGAGAUAGUUGAACUUGUCAAAGAAAUGGAAAAUUUAGAGAAGAAGUUGUUAGAUCAUCCUAUGCAUAAGAUUCAAGAUGUGGAAAAGAAUAAUAUUACGCACUUUCAGAGGAAAGCUGAUCUGAAUCAUGAAAUUCAACAACUGAAGGAAAAAAUGCAGUACUCCCAGCUGCAAAAAUUUCGGGAAGAACUUAAAAAUCGCUCGCAGGUCUUAAAGGAGCUUGGUCAUAUUGAUGCUGAUAGUGUAGUUCAAUUGAAAGGAAAGGCAGCUUGCUUGAUUGACAUGGACGAUGUACUCCUUGUCACCGAAUUAUUGUUUAAUGGCACUUUUAAUCAUCUUGAUCAUCAUCAAGUUACUGCCCUUGCAAGUUGUUUUAUGCCAAUAGAUAAAUCAUCUAAGAAGAUACAGCCGACAUCACUGCUUGAGAGACCUCUACAACAGCUUCAAGACAGUGCAAGAAGGAUAGCAGAGAUAGAGUGCAAAUACAGAUUGCGGGUAAAUGUGAACAAGUAUGUCAAAUCAACAGAAAGGCCAGUCAUUAUGGAUGCAAUACACUCUUGGUCAAAGGGAUCAAGUUUUGCUGAUGUUACUCAAAUGACUGACAUCUUUGAGGGGAGUAUCAUUACGGCUGCUAGAAGGCUUGUUGGGUUUUUGAAUCAGUUGCGUGCUGGUGCCGAGGCAGUUGGAGAAAAUGACUUGGCGAAGAAAUUUACAGCAGCGAGUGAAAGCAUUCGACGGGGUAUUAUUUUUACAGAUUCUCUGUAUCUGUGACUUGUUCUCCUGCAGAGCAGCAUAAAAAUGUCAAAUUUUGCUUAACAUUUCAAAUUUUUGCUUGCUCCACUUCAGACAACUAUGCACUUCUCUAAUAUUUGUAUGGAGUAACUAGGACACGAAAUUAAGUAUCGCAAUGAGAUAUUUCUUCUAUUUUGUCAAUUGCCACAAAAAAGAGAAGCAACAAUAAAGUUUUAUUACUU